UUCAUCUAGGCAGUUCAGGUCAUUUCUUUUGUGUUGAGGAUUUCACAAGAUUGGGAAAAUUGGGAAAAUGCGACAACGCAAACGUGCGUGUCACCAGAUUUGCUUUGGAAACGGUGGUUGUCGAAAGCCUUUACAGACUUCUUAGUGGUUUGAACAUCUUACACUUUAAUGAGGAAUCUAAUGCGUAUUUAAAACCCAAAGGAUAAAGCUGGAAAGAUAACACGAGGGUGGAGAAAUGGAGCGGAUGAUGAAGAUGAUGAAGCUGAUAUAUUACAUCAUCUGGUUAAAAAAAAAAAAAUAAAUGAAUAGGAAGGUGGUGUCAGAAGGAGAAGAUAAAUGUCCUCCUCUGUACAGACUUUGACCUGUUCUUACGACCGCUCCUCCUCCUUGAUGGACGACUCGGUGUCUCCCCCGCUCUGCUUCCCUAACCUCAACUCCUCCUGCAGGCGGAUGCUGCGACCCCGCUCCGAGACCGUCCUCCUCUACACCCUGCUGGCCUCGGCGUCGGCGCUCACCGUGGCGCUCAACCUCCUCGUCGUGGUCUCCAUCUCCCACUUCCGGCAGCUCCACACCCCCACCAACGCCCUGCUCCUGUCCCUGGCUGUGUCUGACGUGGUGGUGGGGCUGCUGGUGAUGCCCGUGGAAGGUCUGCGCCACAUGGAGACGUGCUGGCUCCUGGGGAGGCUCAUGUGCGCCGUGACUCCUUACGUUUCUUACUGCCUCCUCUCCGCCUCUUUAGGGAACAUGGUGCUCAUAUCUAUAGACCGCUAUGUUGCCAUCUGUGACCCACUGCUGUACUCCUCUAAAAUAACCCUGAACAGGGUUAAAGUCGUAAUCUGCGUGUGCUGGGCGUCUUCUCUCCUCUACAACGGCUGUAUUCUGAUGGGACACUUAAAGGAGCCGGGCAGGUUCAGCUCCUGUCAUGGGGAGUGUGUGGUGGUCAUCAGCCACAUCUCGGGGACCGUUGACCUGAUCAUCUCAUUCGUCGGCCCCUGCGCCGCCAUGGUCGUCCUUUACGCCAGGGUGUUUGUCGUCGCCGUGUCUCAGGUGCGGGUGAUGCGGCUGCAGACGGCUGCUACGACCCUCCCCGCACCUCCAACUGCUAAAAAAUCCGAAAGAAAGGCGGCCAGGACUCUUGGGAUUGUGAUAACUGUGUUUCUAUUGUGCUUCUGCCCGUAUUACUACCCCGCCUUUGCGGGCGCAGACACCUCGACGAGCUUGUCUUAUUACGCCAUGUUGUCUUGGAUCAUGCUGACAAACUCCUGUGUUAAUCCUCUGAUUUAUGCUCUGUUCUACCCCUGGUUUAGGAAAGCCAUCAAAUUAAUCUUCACCCUCAGAAUCCUGCAACCUCACUCACGGGAGGCUAAGAUCCUGUAGACAAGGGUGAAAUCAUUGUGGAACCAAAAACCUAUUAAUCCGUUCCAAACUGUACUGAACUCUUCCAGAGCACGUUGUUGCAGCCUGUGACACUGAAAUGCUUCUUUCUAAAUUAUUUUAUACUAUACUAUCACUUGUGAAGCACAUGGGUUGAGAACAGAGACGAAUAUAAAGCAGUUAAAGAAUAUUACUCUCAUUAUUGUGACUGCUACACCACGACU